GUUACGAAUGUACUCUCAAGUUGGACUUUUGAGACGCGCGUCGUCGUCUCGAGUCGCUACACAAGUUAUACACCAAUGGCCUCAAAACGUGUCAAGGACAUAUUUGAGGUCAAUAUCAUCGAGCCGCAGCAUCCAACGUCUUUCUCGCUUCUGGAUUCCUACUGUCGGCGCCGAGAGAUCUAGAGAUGCCAGGGAUGAAUCUCAUGAGUUGCUCAUCAGAGCAGGCUAUGUGCGACAAGCCCACGCUGGUAUUUUCCACAUGCUGCCACUUGGCAAUCGCGUGCAACACAAGCUCGAAGCCCUGAUUGACAAGCACAUGGAGAGUAUAGUAUCCUUGUCUACCAUCUCCUCAGAGGAGCUUUGGAAAAAGACUGGCAGAUUCGUAGGCCAUGGCGGCGAAGAAAUCACUUCUCUGGUCGCAAGCACCGUUCAAUCAUACAAGGAUCUUCCGCUCCGUUUAUACCAAAUCGGACGCAAAUUUAGAGACGAAGCGCGUCCACGACAAGGUCUUUUACGUGGUCGCGAGUUUACCAUGAAAGAUCUCUACACCUUUGACAUUACAGAACAUCAAGCACGACGGACCUAUGAGGAAGUGCGACAAGCAUACAGAGCUUUCCUCGAUGAGCUCAAACUACCCUAUCUGGUAGCUGAGGCAGAUUCUGGCAACAUCGGUGGCACAUUGAGUCACGAGUACCAUUUUGUAUCUGCCAAAGGUGAGGACAAUGUCAUCAGCUGUGGCUCGUGCGGCCAUACCAUAAACGAUGAACUCGCCAUCACAUCGAUCGACCAACCAGACCAAGUAUCUAUCGAGCACAAAAGGGACCUUUCUCGUUGGGUUGGCAUCACCAAAGACCGAAACAGCCUGGUCGUAGCCUGGUUUCCAACUACUACACAACAACUCUCUGCCAGCGACAACAUCAAGAAUGAGAUCAACCCUAACGUCAUCAAAGCCCUUGUUCCAGACAUUGAUCUCUCGGUAGAGAACCCGCUAGAGAUCUGGGAUAAAACCAAUCCACGUCAAGAAACAGGCUCCCGUCCCUCUUCGGCCCAAAUCAUCGAGAUCAACGACGAACGCCUUCCUCUCGCUAAUCCGGCUUGCGCCGGUAUCCAACACAGACUCCAACCACGCGAGCUCCUCCUUUCUUCUGGCAAAUUCAACAGCGUGCAAUUUCAACUACGCCCUAGAAAGGAUGGAAACUCUAUGCAACUGACCCGUACUCUGACCGGUGACCCCUGUCAAAGAUGCGGCGAUGGAAAAGUCACAGUCAACCGGGCGAUAGAAGUGGGCCAUACAUUCCACCUCGGCACGCGAUACUCUCUGCCUCUCUCGGCAACAUUCGUCGACAGCAACGACGUGCGCAAGACAAUCGAGAUGGGAUGCCACGGUAUUGGUGUCUCGAGACUGGUGGGCGCCAUCGCGAGUAUGCUGUCUGAUGCCAAAGGAUUGAACUGGCCUGCUGUCAUUGCACCUUUCUCUGCUGUUGUUGUUCCCGCAAACGGAAAUGAAGACGCUGCUGAGGAUGUGACAGAGAAGCUUUUGUCCAGUGGUUUUGAUGCUGUGCUGGAUGAUCGCAAUAAGCCGAUGGGCUGGAAAUUGAAUGAUGCAGACUUGGUGGGUUAUCCGCUGAUCGUUGUGCUGGGUAGGGCGUGGAAAACGGAUGGCAAGGUCGAGGUACAGUGUAGACGGUUGGGUAUCAAGGAGGAGGUACAAUGUGGUGGCGAUGCCUCGAGUGCUCUUGAACAGAGACUUCAAAAUCUGCUGACGCAGCUG